AAAAUUAAUGACAGAGUUACUUUUUCUGUGAAAUGUCUUUUAUUUCAGCUCAUGAAACAUGGGUCCAACACUUUACAUGUUGCGUUUAUAGAAGUUUGCUGAUGUGAACGUUGUGAACAGAGAGCUACCAGUCAAAAGUUUGGACACACAAACUCAUUCAAGGGUUUUUCAUUAUUUUGACUAUUUUCUACAUUGUAGAAUAACAGUGAAGACAUCAAAACUAUGAAAUAACAUAUCAUGUUAUCAUGUUGUAACCCAAAAAGUGUUAGCAAAUCCAAAUAUAUUUCAGAUUCUAUAAAGUAGCCACAUUUUGCUUUCAUGAGAACUUCAAAUCAAAGUUUAUUUGUCACGUGUGCUGAAUACAACAGGUAUUACAGUGAAAUGCUUACUUACAGGCUCUAACCAAUGGUACAAAAAAGGUAUUAGGUGAACAAUAGGUAAGUAAAGAAAUACAAAUAACAGUAGAAAGACAGUGAAAAACAGUAGCGAGGCUAUAAAAGUAGCAAGGCUACAUACAGACACCGGUUAGUCAGGCUGAUUGAGGUAGUAUGUACAUGUAAAUAUGGUUAAAGUCACUAUGCAUAUAUGAUGAACAGAGAGUAGCAGUAGCGUAAAGAGGGGUUGGCGGGUAGUGGGUGGCGGGACACAAUGCAGAUAGUCCGGUUAGCCAAUGUGCGGGAGCACUGGCUGGUCGGGCCAAUUGAGGUAGCAUGUACAUAUGUUCAUGAAUGUAAAGUUAAAGUGACUAUGCAUGUAUGAUAAACAGAGAGUAGCAGCAGCAUAAAAGAGGGGUUGGGGGGUGGGCACACAAUGCAAAUAGUCCAGGUAGCCAUUUAAUUACUUGUUCAGGAGUCUUAUGGCUUGGUGGUAACUGUUGAGAAGCCUUUUUUUCCUAGACAUGGCACUCCGGUACCGCUUGCCAUGCGGUAGUAGAGAGAACAGUCUAUGACUGGGGUGGCUGGGGUCUUUGACAAUUUUUAGGGCCGUCCUCUGACACCGCCUGGUGUAGUGGUCCUGGAUGGCAGGCAGCUUAGCCGUAGUGAUGUGCUGGGCCGUACGCACUACCCUCUGUAAUGCCUUGCGGUUGGAGGCCGAGCAAUUGCCGUACCAGGCAGUGAUGCAACUAGUCAGGAUGCUCUCGAUGUUGCAGCUGUAGAACUCUUUGAGGAUCUCAGGACCCAUGCCAAAUCUUUUUAGUUUCCUGAGGGGGAAUAGGUUUUGUCAUGCCCUCUUCACUAUCUUGGUGUGUUUGGACCAUUGUAGUUUGUUGGUGAUGUGGACACCAAGGACCUUGAAGCUCUCAACCUGCUCCACUACAGCCCCGUCGAUGAGAAUGGGGGUAUGCUCGGUCCUCCUUUUCCUUUAGUCCACAAUCAUCUCCUUAGUCUUGGUUACAUUGAGGGAUGGGCUGUUAUUCUGGCACCAUCCGGCCAGGUCUCUGACCUCCUCCCUAUAGGCUGUCUUGUCAUUGUUGGUGAACAGGCUUACCACUGUUGUGUUGUCUGCAAAAUAAAUGAUGGUGUUGGAGUCGUGCCUGGCCAUGCAGUCGUGGGUGAACAGGGAGUACAGGAGAGGACUGAGCACUCACCCCUGGGGGGUUCCAGUGUUGAGGAUCAGCAUAGCAGAUGUGUUGUUAUCUAACCUCACCACCUGGGGGCGGCCCAUCCGGAAGUCCAGGAUCCAGUUGCAGAGGGAGGUGUUUAGUCCCAGGAUCCUUAGCUUAGUGAUGAGCUUUGAGGGUACUAUGGUGUUGAACGCUGAGUUGUAGUCAAUGAAUAGCAUUCUCACAUAAGUGUUCCUUUUGUCCAGGUGGGAAAGGGCAGAGUGGAGUGCCAUCGAGAUUGCAUCAUCUGUGGAUCUGUUUGGGCGAUAUGCAAAUUGGAGUGGGUCUCUGCCAGUUGAUCAGCACAUGCCCGGAGCACAAGUCCUGGUAAUCCGUCUGGCCCCGCAGCCUUGUGAAUGUUGACCUGUUUAAAGGUUUUACUCACGUCGGCUACGGAGAGCGUGAUCACACAGUCGUCUGGAACAGCUGACGCUCUCAUGCAUGCCUCAGUGUUGCUUGCCUCGAAGCGAGCAUAGAAGUGAUUUAGCUCGUCUGGUAGGCUCGUUUCACUGGUCAGCUCACGGCUGUACAUCCCUUUGUAGUCUGUAAUGGUUCGCAAUCCCUGCCACAUAAGACGAGCGUCGGAGCCGGUGUAGUAUGAUUCAAUCUUAGCCCUGUAUUGAUGCUUUGCCUGUUUGAUGGUUCAUCGCAGGGCAUAGCAGGAUUUCUUGUAAACAUCCGGGUUAGAGUCCCGCACCUACCCUUUAGCACAGUGCGAAUGUUGCCUGUAAUCCAUGGCUUCUGGUUGGGGUAUGUACGUACAGUCACUGUGGGGAUGACGUCCUCUGUGUAGUCCUCUGUGACUGAUGUGGUGUUCUCCUCAAUGCCAUCGGAAGAAUCCCGGAACUUUGCACACUCUUGGCAUUCUCACAAUCAGCUUCAUCAGGAAUGCUUUUCCAACAGUCUUGAAGGAGUUCCCACAUAUGCUGAGCACUUGUUGGCUGCUUUUCCUUCACUCUGCAGUCCAACUUAUCCCAAACCAUCUCAAUUGGGUUGAGGUUGGGUGAUUGUAGAGGCAAGGUCAUCUGAUGCAGCACUCCAUCACUCUCCUUCUUGUUUUUUUUCUCCAGAUUGACUGAUCUUCAUGCCUUAAAGUAAUGAUGGACUGUCGUUUUCUCUAUGCUUAUUUGAGCUGUUCUUGCCAUAAUAUGGACUUGAUCAUUACUAAAUAGGGCUAUCUUCUGUAUACCACCUCGACCUUGUAACAACACAACUGAUGGGCUCAAAUGCAUUAAGAAGGAAAGAAAUUCCAAAAUGUACCCUUAACCAGGCACACCUGUUAAUUGAAAUGCAUUCCACCUCAUUAAGCUGGUUGAGAGAGUGCCAAGAAUGUGCAAAGCUGUCAUCAAGGCAGAGGGUGGCUACUUUGAAGAAUCUCAAAUAUAAAAUAUAUUUAGAUUUGUUUAACACCUUUUUGGUUUCUACAUGACUCCAUAUGUGUUAUUUCAUAGUUUUUAUGUCAUCACCGUUAUUCUACAAUGUAGAAAAUAGUAAAAAAUAAAUAAAGAUAAACCCUUGAAUGAGUAGGUGUGUCCAAACGUUUGACUGGUCCUGUAUGCAUAUACAUCAUGUAUAUAUAUUUAUAGUCCAGUCUCUGACAUUGCUUGUCCUGAUAUUUCUUAAUUUUUCUGGAUUAUGUGUGUAGGAGGCCUAUUGUGUUUUUAUUUUACUAUUUCUAUUGCUAGGUAUUACUGCAAUGUUGGAGCUAGAAACACAAUCAUUUCGCUGUACCUGCGAUAACAUUUCCAAAUCUGUGUACACGACCAAUAGAAUUUGUUUUGAUUUUAAUUUGAUUUGAAUAAUUCCUGAACACAAACAUAUGAACUCUUAUACAUCCAUUUGUCCCCACCUGGUGUUCACAACAUGUCAACUUUGGAUAGGCUUUGCGGCCACAGCAAGAACAACGCAGUUGUUUUGGGUUCCACUGUGAUUUUGUAUAAUUUCUCUUUGUAUGACACAUACAGGCUACAGUAGCAGGCCUAUGGAAAGUCCCUGAGUGGGGACAAUGAGUAAUAUCCGUAGUGGGUGUUGGUGGAAAAAGUGUAGCAGUAUGGCAAUAAAUUGAGUAAGCAUUCCUAUAAGAAGUUGUUAGCACUAAAAUGGUUGAAUGCAUUGGACAUUAGCUGAAUCAUGCAUUGGAAGCAAAUGGGAUUUGCGCGUAAAUUCACAUUACGGCGGAUUUCAAAUUGAUUGCUUAGCCUAGCCUAAAUGUUGAUCAAAUAUAGAGUGAACUGAAGUCUGUAUUAAAUGGCUUAUAACAGGGACAGAAUGUGUUAAUAUUGUCACCGCCAUGAGUGCCAUGACAGGGACGAAUAGACUAUGUGCAGUGAUCCAUGAUAAAUAGAUCCCUCCCUUCUGGAUGAAAGCAGUGAGUGAAUGACAGAAUCAUAACAGAAACAGUUAGAUUGAAAACACUACUUUCUUCAAAGGAACAGAAUCGUCUCGAAUCAGCAAGGGGCAUUCAUCAUGGGGAAGCUAUGUGAGCUGGCCUUUGUGUCUCUGGCCCUCCUAGCUCUACUUCAUACUGACUCUACAUGGGCCAAGAGAAGUGUCAGCAGUAGCAGCAGCAAAAAGUCUUCAUCCAACAACAAGGGUUCAGAAAAAAAGACAUCAAAAACAUCAAACACGCAGACAGGAAGCUACCCCAGACAACCACAGAGCCCCAACAGGAACCCCAACUCAUACCCAGCAGGAGGUAGUUAUCCAGGGAGAGGUACCAAUCAGAACCAGAACCCAGCCGGUGGAUACCCUGCUGCAGGUGGAUACCCUGCUGCAGGUGGCUAUCCUGCUGCAGGCGGCUAUCCUGCUGCAGGUGGCUAUCCUGCUGCAGGUGGCUACCCCAACCAGCAGUAUCCAGUCAGAGCCAAUCCUGGGGGAAAUCCAAACCAGAACCCUGCAGCUGGAGGUUACCCAGCUGCUGGUGGCUAUCCUGCAGCAGGUGGCUAUCCCAACCAGCAGUAUCCAGGCAGAGCCAAUCCUGGGGGAUAUCCAAACCAGAACCCUGUAGCUGGAGGAUACCCAGCUGCUGGUGGCUAUCCCAACCAGCAGUAUCCAGGCCGGGCAAAUCCUGGGAGUUAUCCAAACCAGAUUCCAGCAGCGGGUGGUUACCCUGCAGCAGGAGGCUACCCCAACCAGAACCCAGGGAGAGGAGGAGUCAAUCUGGGAUACCCAGCUGGAGGUUACCCAGUAAGAGGGGGAAAUACUGGCUGGGGGCAGGCAGGGGGCUACCCUGGUAGAGGGAUGGGAGGAGGUUACCAACCCAACUGGAACCCAAACAAUAAGAUCCUCAGUCCUCGCUAUGGUUAUGGAGGUGGGCAUGGGGGUAUGGGAGGUGGCUCUCCAUUCUCACGCUCAGUUCAGAAUAUGGGGCACUACCCAUCUACUCAGUCCAAGGGCUUUGCUAAGAAGGCUCUUAUGGCCGCAGGGGUUGGGGCCGUGGCAGGUAUGGCAGUAGGCUAUGGCCUUGGGCGUUUCCCCCGCCCACAUUUCAACUUCCGCAACCCUCAGGAGGAGCAGUCCUACAACAACUACAUGUACAGCAAAUACGGUGAACGCUCCACAGAUGAAAACGACUAUGGCCGGGACUAUACCUACAAAGUACCACCGCGGGCAGGGUCCUACGACAGCUUCAUGGAUACCUGCAUGAAGAGGAACGACCUUCUGCAGGAUCAGGGCAGCGACUCCCAGGCCACACCUAACAACCAGAGGAACAACCCCCAGGAAGCCAACAGCCAGAGCCUGCCCAUCACUCCUGAGGUGGGGAACAGCAGUCCAGCUAGCAACCAGGAGGGAACAGACACAGUGAAGCCCCUCACCCCAGCCUCUGUGGAGAUAGCUGGAGAGGAUACGGGUAAGGAGGAGGAUGACAGCCUCACAGUGAGCAUUGAGGAGAUUGGCUACGCUGCAUUGGUGGAGCAGCUGAAGAACCGUAAGUGUGUGGAGCUGUACAUGAACUACUCUGAGCGUUUCCUGGAGAAGCAGACAGCUGAACGUAGCAGCGACAGCAACAACAACAACAACAACAAGUAUGAGAACAGUCGCAGUAACCUCCUUAGCCAGGGGCUGGUACAGCUGAUAACCACCUUCCUCAUGGUCCUGAGCAGCACUCUCCUGCUGCAGUAAGACAGGAACACAUAGCCAUGUCCCAGUUGUAUGGAAUAGCUUCAUUUCCUAGUCACCCCUCCUCAAUAUGCCACUGAUUUCUUGUGAGUAUAGGUUAAUUAAACAGGGUGUAGGUGGAGAUAUAACCAAUCCUUUAACUAAUCUGUGGUCAUGAAGGAAAGGGGACAAGGAAAGGAAGCCAGUGGAAAAUAACUUCCAGUGAAAUUCCAGCAAAAUGAGGACCAAUAAAAAUAUGUACUGUAGGGGGUACUCGAGGACCGGAGUUGGGAACCACUGAUGUACAUGAUUCUUCACAUGGUAUUUGUACUUUAAGUGUUCGAUAUCUCAACACUAUUUCUAAAAUAAACCGAAACCAUU